AUGCAACUUUGGCACUCGAACACGGGCCUGGCCGCGAUAAUUCUUCUUGCCUUAUGGAUCACCUACCGGCUCGUUGUCUCCAAACUCUACCCCCGAGUUCUCCCAGGGGUUCCGCAUAACCGGCGACAUGUGAAGGUUAUGUUUGGCGACAUGCCAGCCGUCGCGGCGUACGCGUCUAAGGCUGGCUGCACCCAGAGUGAGGCCGUGUUCGAGGUCGUAAACCGCGAGCCGACGCAGUCGCCCAUCGCUCAGCUCCUCACACCGUCCUUUAUUCCCCAGCCGAUCAUCAUGAUCGACGACCCUCGCGAGGUAGAGGACAUUCUGCGGCGGCGGGGCAGGGAGUUCGACCGCUCGUCCAUGACGGCGGCUUUCUUUGAGCCCCUGCUGCCCAAGGCCAGCAUCUCGCAGUUCACCACGCCCGAGUUGAAAGCGCAGAAGAAGCUCUGGUCCGAUUCCAUCACAUCCGAUUUCCUGACCAGGGUCGCUGUGCCCCAUGCCUGUCGCGCCGCAGGUCAACUGGUGGACUUAUGGCGGCUCAGGGCGCUCGCGGGUAAUGCAUUUGAGGCCCAGCCUGACUUUCUAGAUGCGACGAUGGACCUUAUGUGGGCAGUUGUUCUUGGCAGUGACUUGUGCGUCCUGACGAAUAAGUUGCAAGUCACCGCACGGGACUUGAAAUCACAGCCCGGGUUCGACCGUGUCGGUAUCGAUGGAGCAGUGAUUGAUAAUGUCCGCGGGAAACUUGGCAAAGCUGAAGAAUCCUCCCGUGAGAUGUUCUUCAAGGUUACGGACCUUCUUGAGGAGGAGAGCUCCUACGUAAGGUCUGGUUCGGCUGCCUGGCGCCUCAAAUUGAUCAAGCUCACGCCAAGGUAUCACCGCGUGAAGAGCAGCAUGAAUCGUGAGAUGCAAAAUAUUGUUUUCAAGGCGCGGGAAAGGUUCCAGCGAUUGGACCAAAGCCAGGGGUCGGGCUGGAAUGCCGAAGAGACGUGCGCCAUGGAUUUGGUGCUAAGGCGGGAGGUACUGGCCGCCAAGCCUGAGAAGGGGGAUUUGGUGCAAGCUACAAACAUAGAGCAAGAGUUGAUGCUCUUCAUGAUCGCAGUUGUACUCGAGGCAUUGCAUCUGCGUCACAACUUCAAAAUCACAAGCUAA